ACAAACUAGUCCUUUUUUACAGACCGUGUAGAAAAACGAUUAACUAACAGCUAUGCACUAUGUUCAUUUUGUUAAUACUUAAACAAUUACACUAUUAUUUUAUGUGGUUUUAAAUAGUGUAAGGUUUUUCUUUAUUUGUUUUUUUUAUUAUUCUCUCUGGUGCGGAGCGAUAUUUCCCUCGCCUCCCACUAAUGCGCACGGAUAAGAGUUUGGAACGACGCGUAAAGAAGCGACAUUUUAUUUAUCGAGAGCUAGCUACCUAGUAGCAAGUACCACUCAAUUGAACGGAACAACAAACAAUGGUGAAAUGUUAAAAUAACACAAUUGCCCACUUUUUAGAGUUACGUUUAAGCUUAUUGUCGACGGUUAGUUAUCAGUUGAUUAAACGUGCCUCUGACCCAGUUUCUAUAUCUAUUUCUAUAAAGGUUUGCCGACUGAGGUUAGCUGGCUAGCUAAUGUGCUAACCAGCGUCACACAUCAUGCAUGUGCAGUAAAAUAUACCACCUUAGAUCCAAAUAUUGUAUGGUCUUGGCAAACGCUUUCAUACUCGUACACUUUAGCAUAUUGUAAAAUAUAAGCUUCUCAUUGCAAGCUGGUUGAAAUCAUUAAUUAGCAUGUGAGCUUGCUCGACCAGUAGCUAGGUACCAGGACCAAUAAUAACUAGUUAGCUAGCCAAUUCCGUAUUUUCAUGGAUGUUACCAUAACCAGGUUCUAACUAAGCAAACACCAGGCACUAAAGUGGGAGUAUCGGUGGACACAGUAUUGUAAUAUAGCUAGCUGCCUAACAACAUUCAAAACAUGCAAUAAAACUAAAUGUUGAGCAAGCACUGAUUUGCUAGCUAGUUAGUAGCAUGCAGCUACUAGCUAGGAUAGCUGGUAGUUAGGUCUCUACUGUGGUUGAAAUAGUUAGUCUGUUAAAUUACCUAAUUAUGUCUCUGCAUUAAUGUAAGCAGCAUAGAUCACUUCAAACUGUCAUAAUUUAGUAAUUACCUCUUCAAACACAGCAUAUGUUUGCAUAACAAAUACACAGUUGAAUGCAUUAUUUGCAAAUCUCACUAAAAGUAUGCACACAAGACAGAAAUGACAGCGUCUGUAUAUUUUGACUGAUAUGCAAUGUCCUUAUUCUCUGCAGGCUAAAGAUUCCUCCCACAUGGAGAGGGCACAUCUCAGUGGCAUUUUACAUGGUUCCUACUUUGUGUGUGAUGGCUGCUGUAGGCUAUAUGCAUGUAGGUCUACUUUUCGGUGGGUAGGCAUCCCCUCCCCCUCAUACCAUAGACCUUUCUCUCAAUCACAUUCACUCUUAUCCUGAUUUUCUCCUAAAUUGUCAUCUUCAAUCAUUCCCCCACUCACAACCCCUUGCUCUCUCUUACAGUCUUUUGGCCUCUUUCAUCUAUUAUUUUUGCUCCAUUGCUUUCUCUUAUUGAGCAACUCUCCCUUCUGUCCUCCUUUUUUUCUUGGUCCUUUCAUCAUAAUUUUUCUUGGAGCAGUUGACGCAAGAGUAGGCUAUCCCCGAAUGUAUAGGCCCAAACUAGGAGGAACUUUCGCUAUGAGGCGCUAUUCCUGUAAUGUGUUCUCUCAGUCAACCUGGUUAAAUAAGGGUUAACUAGUUUGGUGUGAGGUGCUUGCUAGCUAUAACUCUCAGAAUUAAAGAGAUUAAUAUAUAGUAAAUAUCCCCUUGUAAAUUGUGCUAAAUCCAUUUCUACAUAUGUAGCAAGCUCACAAAUACGAAAAUGUACCACACACACUCAAAGUAGGCUGACCAGAUGUUAUUCAGUCCAAGGCAAACUUUUGCCAAUUGACAGAUACCAGCCAAACUUGUGUGUCUAUCAGCUGUCAUAUUACCCAUUGUUUACUGAAAAGGGAGUGAUUGCUGGGGGGACCAGGAGGGAGGGUAGGGUUUGUCAACUGGGGUAGUGGGUGUUUACAGAGGCAGUGGCGUUCGGUGGAAGCUCUAGAUGCCUGGGCAAGAGCACAACAACUCCUGGAUCAGGGCCUCUGAGAGGAUUAUUGGACAUGAGUUAAUCUCUUACCCUAUAUAUACUGCAACACGGCUGGGUACAAUUGAGAAUGGGUCAAAAUAUCUAUUCUAUAGCCAUUUGGGAUUUUCCCAUAACACAUCAGAGCCAUAUACUGUAUUUAGAUAAAUAUAUGGAUAUGCAUUAUAUUGUUCUAUCCUUUGUCUCUGUUUUGAUAUUACACAUCAAAGCUUACAGAGCCUGAAUGGUUGUUCUAAAAUGGAUGCCUUUAGAUCAGGUGUCAUUAGUUAUUAGGGGACCCAGUGCCAUUCUGUAAGCGAGAGAGAGAGAGAGUGAAGAAGCUUGCAUCUAUGCUGUAGGGAUAGGUCUGUAGAUGGCCUGUGAAACAUGCCUCUCUCCCCUAGGCCUGGAACCUACAGCUGAGCUCGCUCCUUCUCCUAAUUAUCCUCUUUAUACCCUUAUCGAAACCUAAUUAAGUCCCGACCCCACGGGUUUGUCACUGCAGUAUCGCAGACCAAGACUUGUCCCCCCCCCCCCGGCUUACUUACAAUGACAUAUAGCACAUAUUAACCCAAGUGCCCUUCAAAAGCAUUUCUCUUUGCACAAAUUGACUUUGUAUGUUAAUAAUAUAUGGAUGUAGAAGAAGUAAUAAGUCAUAACUUGGGCUCAAAGCUAUUUGAUCAUGUUCAUCACCACUGCAGCCUGGCUUUGAACAGAACAGCAGGAUAGGCUAUAGAAAUAGCUUUAUCUUCAGAAUUAGGCCAGGCUACUUGCAGCCUCUGCGAUAUUAUGAAACCGUUUAAUCAAUGUUUUAGAGGCAUAUUCAAAGUAUACGGUUUAUGCGUUUUGGCACUUUACUUGAAUGAUUUAACUGAAUUCGGUUGUAAUAAAGCGAUAGCCAGAUGAUCCAUUAUUCUCAUGACAGCGGCUUUCUUACUUUAGUAAUUCCUGUUUACACCCCACCCACCCAUAAUGGAAUUGAGAUGACAGAUUUGUACAACCAUAUAUAACCGCUAGGUGGCGCCCAAUGAUAAGACUUUGAACAUGGGUUGCAGGUGGGUGGCGCUGUGUGUAUCAGUGGACGUAGUAAUACAAAACAAUGCAGUGUGAAUGUAGCCUGUGUUUGGAGUGCGAAACACUGCUUUAUGCCACCCGUCAUUUUGGACGGAGGAACUGCGCUAAAGUACACUAAAUAAAUGCAGAUUGUAGGCUAUAUAGGAUUAAUUGCAACUCUUCAUGAACCAUGAAGUGUAGGCUAGGCUAUUAGAUCAAUUCAAAUAACAUAAUAAUAGACCCUACCUAUGAAAUAGGUCAGUGAGAUUGCGAAACUUUCUUUUGGCCAUGACCACGAUGCCCCUGAUAGGCUGCUAUGUUAAACGAAAGUAGGCUAUAUGAACGUGUGGCUGUGGGUACAAAUGAUUUAAUUUCCGUCUGUGGGUAUAGUUUUCAAGAGUUUCUGCGCCCCUGGCUGGACUCAGAUUACGCACUGCUAUGGGAGGGACUUCACAUGGAAAGGGAAUGAAUUACAGUAGUGCGCUAUCCUGGUGACGCAACGGAGAAACGCACAACUCAAGACUUGCUGAAGAGUUAAAAAAACGGCACCUGCACUAGGAAUUUGCGCUCCCCAAUACAUACACCUGACUUUUCCAUAUCAGUCAAGAGAACCACAGACAGAAAACUACAACGAGGACGGCAUUGGAACUUGCAUCAUGUUGGGCAGGAAACCUCCUACCGCCGUGCAUCAUGAACCCAAGGCAGUGGAAUCCCAACCCAAGACGCAGGGCCCACUUAGGAAACUGGGGGUGCUGGAUGAUGAGAAUGUCCGUGCGAUGAUGCAUGGUUCCAACAUGGUGAAGGUACGCUCCCAGAGGUGGCAGAAGAGCCGCAGCCUGCGUCUGCUGGAGGACGGGGUCACCGUGUGGUGUGAGUCCACCAAGAGCUCCCGCAAGGCCAAGGCACAACAGACCUUCUCAGUGACAGAGGUGGAGUGUGUGCGUGAGGGCUGCCAGUCCGAGGCUCUGCGGAGGCUAUCCGGGUCGGUACCAGAGAAUCAGUGCUUCACGGUGGUGUUCAGAGGAGCCAGGAAGAGUCUGGACCUCCUCUGCGCCUGUGAGGAGGAGGCGAGGCGCUGGGUCCGAGGGAUACGCACGCUGAAGGAGUGCGUGGCCAACAUGACCCAGAAGGAUAAACUGGACCACUGGAUCCGUGGCUACCUGAGACGGGCUGAUGAGAACGACGAUGGGAAGAUGAGUUACGACGAGGUCAAACGGCUGCUGCAGAUGAUCAACAUAGACCUGAAUGAGCAGUAUGCGCGCUCGCUAUUCAAGAAAGCUGACCGGUCGUGUGACGGCCGUCUGGACCACGUAGAGAUCGAGGAGUUCUGCAGGGAGCUGAUGAGGCGGCCAGAGCUGGACGCGGUGUUCAGACACUUCUCUGGUAACGGCUGUGUUCUGUCCACCGCUGAGCUGAGAGACUUCCUGGGAGAACAGGGGGAGGACGCAUCACUAAGCCACGCUCAGAGCCUCAUCCGCACCUACGAGCUCAACGACUGGGCCCAGAAGAACCAGUUCAUGACCCAGAAUGGUUUCACCGUGUACAUGCUGUCCCUGGAGAACGAUGUGUUUAACCCCGACCACGCCAGGGUGCACCAGGACAUGACCAGACCUCUGGCCCACUACUUCAUCUCAUCCUCACACAACACCUACCUCACCAAGGACCAGGUCACCAGCGCCAGCAGCGCCGAGCCAUACAUCAGAGCUCUGAACCAGGGCUGUCGCUGUGUGGAGCUGGAUUGUUGGGACGGGGACAAAGGAGAGCCUGUCAUCUACCAUGGACACACCCUCACCUCUAAGGUGCCCUUCAAAGAGGUAAUCGAGACCAUCGUCCAGUAUGCCUUCAAGGCCUCCCCGUACCCCCUGAUCCUGUCCCUUGAGAACCACUGUACGGUGGAGCAGCAGACGGUCAUGGCCAGACACCUGCGCACCAUCCUGGGCAAGAGGCUGCUCACCAAGCCCCUCAACGACCAGACUCUGAAGGACCUGCCCUCUCCUGAGGAGCUUAGGGGUCGUAUCCUGGUGAAGGGGAAGAAGGAUGUUCAUCACCUGAACCAGCUGGGGAAAACCAGCAGCUUUGAUACCAGCUCGGACGACGAGGCAUCAAUCAGAAACAAAAAGGACCCUGCCAAGGCGGUCUCAUCUAAGCUGAGCCCAGAGCUGUCUGAACUGGUGGUGUACUGUCGAAGUGUCCCCUUCCACGGGUUCCAACACUCUGCCCAGAAACCACCCGAUGAGAUGUCAUCCUUCAAUGAGAAUGACGCCCUCAAACACAUCAAGGACACAGGAAAGCUGUUUGUCAGACACAACAGCAGGCAGCUGAGCCGGAUCUACCCCUCCGGGCAGCGCCUCCAAUCCUCCAACUACGACCCCCAGGAUAUGUGGAACGGCGGCUGCUCGAUGGUGGCUCUGAACUUCCAGACACCAGGGGAGCAGAUGGAUCUGAACCAGGGCCGCUUCCUGCCUAACGGCCGCUGUGGAUACGUCCUCAAGCCCAGCUUCCUGUGCAGCCCCAGCUCCAACUUCAACCCAGAGAUCACAGGAGGUGGGCCAGGACACGUCCCCACACAGCUCACCAUACGGAUAAUAUCAGCACAGCAGCUCCCUAAGAUCAACACAGACAAGCCCAACUCCAUUGUGGACCCGCAGGUGUGGGUGGAAAUUCACGGGGUGGCCAUUGAUAAUUCCAGAGACAAAACCCACCGAAUCGACAACAAUGGUUUUAACCCACGCUGGGACAGCACUUUGAGCUUCCAGCUACAGGUCCCUGAGCUGGCCCUGGUACGCUUUUUAGUGGAAGACCAUGACCACAAAGCCAAGAACGACUUUGUGGGCCAGUACACCUUGCCCUUCACCAGCCUCCGUACAGGUUACCGCCAUGUUCACUUGCUGAAGGCAGAUGGCUCCAGCCUCUCUCCAUCUACCCUUUUCAUCCAUGUCAAGGUGUCCGAUAAGGGGGUCCACAUCAAGACUGUGUCCGAGCGCAUGGCCUUGGCUAAGAGCAAGGGCAAAGCAUGACCCAUAUCUACCUGAACUAGUGCCACACUUAUCUGAUAAGCGCCAUGCUUAUCUUUUGGGGGGGAAAGUCUCCCUAAUUGGGAUGGAAAGGACAAGCUGCUGCCUACCUAUGUCCCAGUGCUCUUUUCAUACACCCAAUUUAGAAUUGGCAGGACAUAUAAGGCUCCCUGGCCACAGAGAGGAAGACAUCAUUCCUUCUCAGUCAAACCUGGAUGGGAGUCUUGCCUGUUGAUGAAUAGUGUUGGCUGGGAGAGAAACUCACUGGCAUGUUGCUGUUGUGAGAGUAUUCUGUACUCUGUCGUCAGUGCAUUGAGUGUUCGUGUCUGUUUCCAUAGAGACAUGACUUUGGCGCUGACCUGUUUUACACCAGAACUCUACCUGGCAGCCGUCUGCCUACUAUGAAGCCAAUAUAGAGUUGUUUUUUUUAAAUUCAAAGCCAGGUUUGUGUCCUGGAGUCCCUGAAGCAGAUCUUGAAGAUGUUUCCCAACAUUUUUUACAUAUUUAAAGUUAAGCAAUAUUUAACUUUUUUGCUACUUUUAGCUGAUGUGUGGAGAGCGUUCUGGCACAAAAAUGGUCACCGGGCAUCACCCAGGUGGGUGCCGCACAUUGAUGGUGGAUGAGGUGAGUUUCCCCCUACUAUGUAAAGCUCUCGGAGUACCUCAGUUGGUAGAAAAGCACUAUAUAUAUCCAAUGAAUUAUUAAAACCUUUUUUACUAUUACAGAAUAUUAUGGUUGAAACUUAUAGAAGCGUUUUAUCAGGGCAAGACUUGUAGUUGUGCUCAUUUUUCCAGGACAACGAUAGUGUUUAUUGACUCAAUUUUAUCUGUAAAUGAAGUCUAGUUGUUGUGGUAUUGGUCUGUCACACUUGUCAUGACACAGUCCAAAAUACUGAAUGAAUGCCUUAACCUUAGUGACAGAAUUAAUACAUUUCAACUCUUAAUGUUUUUGUAAUGUAUUUGCAACAAAUUGUGUUUGUUGCAAAUGAUGAAACACACUUCUUUCUGUGUGAAAUUGCUGAUGGAAGUUUUUAGGUUAUAUUUAACAUUGUUGUAAAAUGUUAUAUUCUAAUGUAGUUACAGUAUUCUAAUUCUCUCAGUAAAAUGAAUUCAUUUGCAUACUGUAUGUACUGUCUCUGACACUAACUUCCUUUUGCCAAAUAAAAACAGCAUCAAAGUCACAGAGGGUCAAAUCGAGACUAAUGCAAUUGACCAUGAUUAUGUUGAAUACAUAUAAUUGAAGUAUUAGCUCUCAUGAAUUUCCAAGGUCAGUUUUCAUUUCAAAGCAGUAAUCCAUAAUGCACUAGUAGAAUGUAUUGUUACUUGACAUUAUUAUUUGUAUUCUUUCUUCUGGUCAUUUAAAUUCAAAGUCACUUUAAUUUUGAAAACCGGCAAAUGGUUUUGACAGUUUGAAAUGCCUUUAUUUGCCUUAUUUCAAUGGAAACGGCUGUUAGUAUUCUUUCUUGCAGUUGCUAAGACAGUAUAUACUUACCUGUUUACCUUAGUGUCUCUUUCAUUGUGUACUUUGUUGUGACUUAUUUCUGUGGGCAUCAGAUUCAUAUGGGUCUCCCAGUCUAUUUGAAAUCUGAAAGGUCUCCCAGUCUCUAUUUAACAACAAAAAGCACUUGAAUCCAAACUUUGAAGAUGGUGUUUCUUUAUAGUACUAUAGAAACUAAUCAUUUCCCUGAGCUUCAGGAGCAAUAUUCUCAUUGACAUUAGUAUAGUAAGUGACAUGAGUACAGUAUUUCUUUGUCUGCGUGAAAGCCAAGAGAAGCAUGUUUAGUUUUUAUUAAAAAAAGUAUUUUAACCCCA